GUGGCAAUAAACAAAAAUUUUUCUGGCACAUAUAUCAACCGCUACGAAGAAAUAAUAUCUCGCGACCGUAUUAGACAGUUCGUGAUUUUUUCUUUCGGAUUUUCAUGAUAUUUUUAAGAAAUUCAUGGGGCCUUAUCCCCGCCGGAUUCACAUGAAUUUAUUUGCGCGAAAAGUUUGUUGAAUUCGCGAGGCCUGUGUACUUGGAUUGGUUACAACGAUACGAUGCGUCGUGCACGUCAAAUAUUUAGCCUUUUGGCUCUUAUCUUACUCCCUGCGAUUUAUGCCGAUGAGCACUCUCACGUUGAACAAUCAAUUUUAGGUCCUUUCUUGGUUAUCAGUAUAAGGAAAACGAAGAAGUCGUACUAUGGAUGACAACGGUAGGACCUUACCACAACAGACAAGAAACUUAUCCAUACUUCUUUUUGCCGUUCUGUCGAGACCAUAAUAUUACUGUAAACCACUAUCACGAAACUUUGUCAGAGGCUCUUCAAGGAAUAGAGCUCGAAUUCAGUGGACUUGGAAUCAAAUUCAAAAAUGAUGUUGUAAAAUCGACUUCCUGCACGCAAGUGCUGUCCGAAGAAGACACCAAAGCUUUUAUCUAUGCCGUGAAGUAUCAGUAUUGGUACCAGAUGUACAUCGACAAUUUGCCGAUAUGGGGUGUUGUGGGUGAGCUGGAAGAAAAGAAUGGUGUGGUUUCGUACUACAUAUGGACGCACAAAAAGUUCGAUAUAGGUUACAACGGCAAUCAAAUAGUGGAUGUCAACUUGACGAGCGAGUACAAGGAGAAAAUUGAGACUGGUGCGCAGAUAUCAUUUAGUUAUGAGGUGAAUUGGCGGAAGAGCAACGUCAAGUAUGAGGACAGAUUUGAUAAGUACCUGGAUCCGAACUUCUUCCAGCACAGGAUCCACUGGUUCAGCAUAUUCAACAGUUUCAUGAUGGUGGUCUUCCUCGUUGGAUUGGUCUCAAUGAUUCUCAUGCGAACGUUGAGAAAAGAUUAUGCUCGUUAUAGUCGUGAUGAAGAAAUGGACGACAUGGAGAGAGACUUGGGUGACGAGUAUGGAUGGAAGCAAGUUCACGGUGAUGUUUUCAGGCCAGCUAGUCACCCGAUUGUCUUUUCUGCAUUGAUCGGAGCUGGUUAUCAGGUAACAGUGGUUGUAUUCAGCGUGAUAAUUUUCGCAAUAUUGGGAGAGCUUUACACGGAACGUGGUUCUAUGCUUUCAACGGCAAUAUUCAUGUACGCUGCAACUUCACCGAUAAACGGAUACGCCGGUGGUGGUUUGUACGCGCGAAUGGGUGGACGAGUUUGGAUAAAGCAGAUGAUAUUGAGCGCAUUUAUGUUGCCGGUGCUAGUUUGUGGCACUGCCUUUUUCAUCAAUUUCAUCGCCAUCUACUACAACGCUAGUCGAGCUAUUCCCUUCGGUUCGAUGGUCGCUGUGACGUGUAUCUGCAUUUUCGUGAUAUUGCCGUUGACGCUAGUCGGCACAAUUCUGGGACGGAAUCUCGCUGGAACUCCCGAUGCACCCUGCCGCGUGAACGCAGUGCCUCGGCCGAUUCCUGAAAAAAAAUGGUUUAUGGAACCGUUGGUUAUUAUUUUGCUCGGUGGAAUUCUUCCUUUCGGUUCGAUCUUUAUUGAGAUGUAUUUCAUUUUCACUUCAUUCUGGGCGUACAAGAUUUAUUACGUGUACGGUUUCAUGUUGCUCGUAUUUAUAAUAUUGAUGAUUGUUACUGUUUGCGUGACAAUUGUAUGCACGUAUUUCCUGCUCAAUGCCGAAGACUACAGAUGGCAAUGGACGAGUUUUUUGGCGGCUGCGUCAACCGCGGGAUACGUAUACUUUUAUUCGUUUUACUACUUUUUCUUCAAGACAAAAAUGUAUGGCCUCUUCCAAACCGCGUUUUACUUCGGUUACAUGGCAUUAUUUAGUUUAGCUUUAGGAAUAAUGUGCGGAACUGUCGGUUACAUCGGCACCAACGCUUUCGUUCGUAAGAUCUACUCGACCGUGAAAAUAGACUAAAUGCUGGUAAAAAAAAAAAACAACAUGUCAAAUUUUAACUUUCCUUCGUAAAAUCGGUAAGCAAAGAAGGGAAUAACAAUCGUGAAUUACUGAAUGACAUUUUGAACAAUCGUGUGACUCGAUUGGUUCUGAUCUCGUGAAUCGCCAGGUUUUUCUAAGUUGAGGAAUUUUGUUAUUUUGUUUGUUUUCGUAACGCCAGCACGUUUUAUUUCAACGAAACUGAAGAGACAACCUAGACUUAAUGCCUGGCAAUACUUGCUAAUUUUCCUCCUGUCCAGUAGGGAAAUUGUCAUUUGUUUUUUCAACGGUUCACUUUCGAACAAGUUUUCGCGAAUGAUUGUCGUUUAGAUUUCUCUCAAUCUUUUCAAACCUCUGGAGAGAUAAAUGUAUAUGACGAAGACACUUUCUUUAAGAACUGGUGAUGAUUGUAACAUAGCCGCAAAUAUUUCGGGACCUCGAUAACACGAGGUGCAAGACUAAUCGAAAAAUUGAAAAACAAAACACAAGAAACUUACUUCAUAAUUAUUGUAUUUGAGAAAUUCAAACCCCGCGGCGUAAUAAACAUAAUUUCAUUGGGA